AUGUUAGAAGCCAAGAACACCCGCCGACAACACAAUAAUCUGGACGUUGAAUUGGCAUUGGCCAGUAUACGUCCUGUAAGGACUGAAUUGGACUUUACUGGAGCCCAUAAGGAGCCCGCACGUAAAAGACGAAAACACGGUCAAAAUAAACCGGUUUCUGACACACUCGGCGAACAAACAGGCAUAGAGGACCCAGUGGUACCCCAGGUAGCCGGUGUUAAGAGGAUACUGGACGCAAACGAUCGGCAAGAGCAGUUCUCCCAGAAUGCAGCGCAGGGAAAUGCCAAGGGUGAGCGGGCACCCGCUACGGGAAACCCAGAGCAGCUAACCCAGAGGAAAAAGAAGAAGCCGACGAAAAAGCCGUCUGAGGCCAACUGGGAGACGUUAACGAAAGAAAUAGGUGAUUUGAAGGCAUAA